AUGGCUGCAUCACUCUCCGCAGCAGUGACAUCGCUCCAAUCCUCCCUCGAUGUCCUCGAUUCAUCCAUUGAGACUCUCGAGUCCGGCGUUAGUGACUUUCCCCGCCUCUCAAAGGUCUUGCAAACAACACGACACUUCGAAUUACUCCCGGAACCCACCUUACGCGAGGCCCAGCAAGCACUACUUGAUGAGAUCACACCGAGCAUCGCCCAUCUACUAUCCCUCGCGUCAGACCACGUCGAGAAACUUUCUCGCCGCGAACAAGGUCUCCGUGCAAAAUGCGAGCUCCAAGAAGGUAGACUUUACUCUAAUGAAAACAGCGAACCUUUAAAUCGCGGUCAGAGAGGCGCAUUCAGUGAUCGACAAAAAGCCAAUGCACCCGAGAAAGCGGCUGAGCUGAGACGAUUGAUUCAGAAGAAAGAACGGCUCAAGUAUGCCGUUGAAAGACUGGAGUUGCAAAGCAAACAUCGAGAGCGUCAGUUGCGGAAGAGUAUGGCUUUUCAAUAA